GUUCUCGAGGGCUGCGCGCAUUUGGGUCGGCGCGUCCACGAGAGCUGCAUGCGUUUACCGAAGAUCCGCGCGCGGAUACAGAGUGAGAGAACCGGACCGAAUACAACACACACCGACCGGACCAGAAUCUGAUCCAGAAUCAGCUGUGGCAUUGAGUGAGGUUGGGUGUGUUUUUGUGAAGAUUGUUUAAGGCGGGACUUAACUCGAGGCGAGGCGGCUUAUUGGCCCCACACCCAUGAUGGACAGGCCGUGUGAUGGCCGUUUCACGUUGCUGUUGAUGUUCUUGGGUCCCAUAAUCACAGCACUGGAAGUCCCACUCGAUCCUAAACUUCUGGAAGAAUUACCGCAGCCUCCCACCAUCAUUCAUCAAUCUCCAAAAGAUUUCAUCAUUGACCCGCGGGACAACGUCGUCAUCCACUGUGAGGCUAAAGGCAAACCUCACCCCAGAUUCUCAUGGACUCGAAACGGGACGCAUUUCGACAUCGAUAAAGACCCCAAGGUCACGAUGAAGCCUCAUUCAGGAACGCUGGUGAUUGACAUCAGCGGAGAGAAAGCCGAUGCGUACGAGGGAGUUUAUCAGUGUACCGCCCGCAAUGAGCUCGGCACCGCCGUCUCCAACAACAUUAUCAUCCGUCAGUCCAGAUCACCGCUGUGGUCUAAAGAGAAAAUUCAUCCAAUCAUGGCGCAGGAAGGACAAUCAUUAAUUCUUCAGUGCCGUCCACCCGCUGGACUCCCCCCACCCAUUAUAUUCUGGAUGGACAACAAUUUUCAGCGUCUUCCUCAGAGUCGAAGAGUUUCUCAGGGUCUCAAUGGCGAUCUGUACUUCUCUAACGUCCAGAGAGAAGAUUCCCGAAACGACUACAUCUGUUACGCUCGAUUCCCACACACGCAGACCAUCCAGCAGAAGCAGCCCAUCAGCGUCCGUGUGUUGAACAUGGAUUCAAUCAAUGACACAAUGGAUGCUUUUUUCAAUGAAACUGAUUUGUUUGGUGAUAAACCGGAUGAGGAGAGAGCGCCCACAUUCAUGGUACCGACCGACUCUGACAGCACUAAACUGGUUCUGAGAGGCCAGACGUUAGAGAUGGAGUGUAUCGCAGACGGCCUCCCCACUCCUGAGAUCUCGUGGAAUAAACUCAGCGGUGAGAUUUCCAACGUCCGCUCGUCUUUCCUGAACUUCCAUAAGACUCUGAGGAUAAAAGACGUUUCAGAAGCGGAUGCUGGGGAAUAUCGCUGUACGGCCAGAAAUCGUCACGGCACCGUACAUCACAACAUCAGAGUCACCGUUAAAGCUGCUCCGUACUGGAUCAGUGCUCCCAGGAAUCUGGUUCUGGCUCCACAGGAUAGUGGUGUGAUUACCUGCCGGGCGGGAGGUCACCCAAAACCCACCAUCAGCUGGUCUAUGAAUGGAGUCCCAAUAGAGAAUGCUCCUCAAGAUCUCAGCAGGAUGGUGGAAGAUGACACCAUCAUGUUUUCAGAGGUUCAGACUGAUUCCAGUGCAGUUUAUCAGUGUAAUGCUUCUAAUGAUUAUGGAUAUUUACUGGCCAACGCUUUCAUUAAUGUACUGGCCGAGCCCCCCAGAGUUCUGACCCCUCCUAAUAAAGUGUAUCAGGUCAUUAUGAACAGACCUGCACUGCUGGAGUGUGUCAGCUUCGGUUCCCCCAUACCAACCAUCACAUGGUUUAAAGAGAGCCGCUCCAGCACUUUAGAAGGAGACCCGUAUGUGUUUCACCUGAACGGUACGCUGGAGAUCCACGCGUCUCAGACACAGAACAGUGGUAAAUACACCUGCGUCGCCCGCAACUCACUGGGCAUCUCUGAGAAUCAUGUGUACCUGGAGGUCAAAGAGCCCACACGAAUCUUAAGACCGCCCGAGUACAGAGUGAUCCAGAGGAACAGAAAUGUUGUGUUUGAGUGUAAAGUGAAGCACGAUCCGUCUCUCGUACCCGUUACCAUCUGGAUGAAGGACAACGGAGAGCUUCCUGAUGAUGACAGAUUCAGGGUGGAUUCAGACCGUCUGACCAUCACAGACGUGACGGAGGAUGAUGCUGGUUUGUACACGUGUAUCAUAAACACCACACUAGACGAGGACUCAGCCAGCGCUUUCCUUACUGUAGUUGAGGCCACACCCACUCCUUCUGUGAUCUACGAGAAGCCGGACGCACCCACAGAUCUUGAACUGACUGAUCAUGACUCCAGGAGCGUUCAGCUGACCUGGACACCCGGAGAUGAACACAGCAGUCCCAUCAAGAAGUUUCUGAUUCAGUAUGAAGAUGGUCUUCAUCAGGGUGGAGUUUGGCACAAUCUCACAGAGGUUCCUGGAACGAAGACCACCGCUCAUCUGAAACUCUCUCCGUAUAUCCACUAUAGUUUCAGAGUAUUGGCACUCAAUGAUGUGGGUUUCAGUCGGCCCAGCGUCUCCUCUCGCCAGUACAAAACCAGUCCUGCAGCUCCUGAUGAGAACCCCGCUGAUGUGAAAGCCAUGGGCACAGAACACAACAAUCUGCUCAUAUCAUGGAAGCCCCUGACACAUCUGCAGUCGAACGGUCCUGGACUUCAGUAUAAAGUCAUGUGGCGUCAGCAGGACGUGGAGACAGAAUGGACAUCGGUCACUGUUGCCAACGUUGCAAAAUUUUUGGUGUCGGGGACGCCCACUUUUGUUCCCUACGAGGUGAUGGUUCAAGCAGUGAACGAUUACGGUGACGGACCCAAACCUGCAGUGAUUAUUGGAUAUUCAGGCGAGGACUUUCCUUCAGCCGCACCAGAUAAUGUCCAGGUUCAGGUGUUGAACAGCACGCUGGCAGAGGUCCAAUGGACGCCGGUCCCCCCCAAAUCUGUGCGAGGUCGACUUCGGGGGUACAAGAUUCAUUAUCGGUGUGAGAGGAGUCCACAAAGACACCACUCCCAUCAUUGUGACCAGAUGACUGAGAUCUUCAAUCCAAACAAAACCAGAGGAAAACUACCUAACCUGCAUCCGUACAGCGCCUACAGUCUUUAUGUGACGGCGUUUAAUGGGAAAGGAGAAGGUCCUGUCAGCUCAGCCCAUCACUUUGAAACCCCUGAGGGAGUUCCUGGUUUUCCGUCGUUCUUCCGGGUCGUGGGUUCAGAUUUUGACUCUUUGACGCUGGAGUGGGGUCCACCGCACCACACGAACGGACGUCUCACUGGAUACUCGCUCAAAUAUCAGACAGUGAACAGCAGUGCUGAUGUGGGUGUGUUAGAGGAGCUGGAGCUCUCGUCCAAUCACAGCAGCGUAACACUACAUAACCUCAAACACAGCACACGAUACAAGUUUUACAUCAGUGCCAAAACCCAGAAAGGCUUCGGUCCGGCCCUCACAGAGGAGGCGCUCACCAUCAUUCAGAAAGCACUGCCUGACGGUCCUGCGUUUGGGAAUAUGAGCUCAUCUCCGUGCGAGGAUGGAACGUUAAUCAGUUGGGAAUACUGGGGCGCAGAAAAUCAUCUUUAUGUUGAAUAUAUUGUAGACAACAGUGAAGACGACUGGCAGAAAGAGAAAGUCAAUGGAUCUCACUUUCAUGUUCUUAAGGGUUUGAAAGAAGGUUUGACCUACAAAGUACGAAUGGUUGCCAGAGGUCAUGACAAUCAAACGCUUCAUCAUUCUGAAGAGAUGUUGGUUAAGGUCCCAGCGAUGGUGAGUCCUCAGGUGGACAUCGCCACUCAGGGUUGGUUCAUCGGUCUGAUGUCUGCUAUCGCUUUACUGAUUCUCAUUCUCCUCAUCGUCUGCUUCAUCAAGAGAAACAAAGGCGGCAAAUAUCCAGUGAAAGAGAAAGAAGACGCUCAUGGAGAUCCUGAGAUUCAGCCCAUGAAGGAAGAUGAUUUAACGUUUGGCGAGUACAGGUGAGAGAACAUUGACCCUUGACCUCUGACCCCAGCACACAGUGUCCUCAGGAUCAAUCAACCCAAACCUAAACUUGCUGCUGUGGACUUUACUCUCUUCUUCAUGUGUUGCUGCUGCCGAUGGUUUGAUACAGACGCACACCUGAUCCGUCAAAUGUUUUCAAAUAACCAGCAGAGCAAUGAAUAACUCACGACAGGCCAUUCAAUUAUUAGAAAAUAAUGCACACCUGCAAUGUUACUCUGCUUCACAUCAUGCCACACUAUCAUCUCAGGUGUGCAUUAUUUUUAAAUAAUUCAACGGCCCAUCAUCAAUUAUUCUGACAGAUUGUGUGAUGCUGCUGAAUUCUGAUGCUUUUGUAUUGAAAUCUUUUCUUCCUGUUUUGCGCUGCUUAUAUUCUGCACGCACAACACCGGACAUUAAUGCACUUUACGUCUGUACAGUAAUCUUGAAGAGACUUUUAUAUCUUUCCCCAGGUUAUUAAACAGAUUUUUACAUUAUACUUUAUACAUGAAUGCACAAUAGAGAUUUUUAUCUUUGUACUGUUGUCAUAUAAAUAAGCUCUUAAUGAUGUUGAUGAAUAAGAUCUGUAUGUUCUUCACUGAUAUAUGCAUCACUUCAUUCACUAAACUAGAUUAUAAUGUAAAAGCCUGCAGUGCUAAAUGAUUUCUCUCUUAAACACUUUCACGAGUGUCACUCAGAACGGAUUUAACACUGAUGAUCCUCAAAUAUAGUUUCUCAGUUUGAUCUCUGCUGUUUGUUUUUGUCUGGUGAUGUUUGUGUCACUCGGCUGUGCGGUUCGGUAAGCGGGACGUCGCAUGUGAAAGUCUGAAUCAAACACUUUCAUCUAUCAUCAUACAUAUCAGGACAUAUCAGUAAAUGUUUUCAAACAGUAACAGUAAUAAUAGAAGAUUUGCAAACAUAUUAGUGGAUUUAUUUUAACCAUUAAAAACCUCAUACUGGUUUAUCCAUCAUCAAUGACAGCAUUGCAUCACAACAAGAGUUUCAUCUUCACACUUCACACUUUAUUUGAAGUUCAUUUCCUCAAUGCUUUUCUUUUCUGUUGGUAUGGUCACUACUUUUAUGAAAUCACAGCAUUGUUUUAUUUUAUCACGCUCUUUACGUGGAGCCGUGCAUGUUAUUCUCAUCUGUUGUUAUGAAAUGAGUUUAAUGUCCAUCAUAACUUCAUGUCCUGCAUGUGAUUUUUCUCCCAGUGAUGAGGACCAUAAACCCUUAAAAGGAAGCCGAACGCCCUCCACCGGCACGGUAAAGCGAGAUGAAAGUGAUGAGAGUUUAGUUGACUCAGGAGACACGCAGUUCAAUGAGGACGGCUCAUUUAUUGGACAGUAUAGCGGGAG